UCAUGCAGGUGCAUGAUGGAGGAAUGUGAGGGGCAGCAGGAGGUCCUGAGGGAUCUGAACCAGAGGCUCAGCAGCUUCCUGGAACAUGUAGCUGAGCUUCAGAAGAUCAACCUGAACCUCCAGGAGCAGAUCACAGCGUGGAAGAUGCUGCUGGAGAGAGACUGGAGCUCGCAGGAGAAGAUGGUGGAGGAGCUACAAGCUCAGAUUAGACACAUGCUAAUGGAAAAUGCUGAGCUGGCCCUGCGUUCAGAUCACGUUAAAUCCGCCAUUCAGCAUCUACAGAGCAGAUGUGAGCUGGAGCAGAAGCUGCGUCUCCAGCUUGAGCAGCUGAUAGCGGAGCUGAAGCAGAAGAAGAUGAACCUGCACCAGGCCAACACACUGCUGGAGGAACAGUUUCACACAUCCACACAGGAACUGCACACCAUGCAGGACGAGCAGGAGAGGGAGUUGUUUGUGCAGCAGCAGCAGGCAGCAGUAGGGGAGGAUGGCAGAGGAAUGGAGCUCUGGCGUUUCGGCCCAGCACACGGUGACCUCGGCUCAGCUGUACUCACAAAUCGAGGCCCAGGCUUCAGGCCUCCGGCAAACCCCAGGCCCAGGACGGACACACCCGGUCCAAUCGGAGACCAGCCUCCACAGGUGAGUCGUGGGGAUGAGGCCUUGCGGGAGGCGAGGGCGGAACUCACUGAAGUCCGAAAGCGGUGGCACAGUUUACAGGUGGAGGUUGAGUCUCUACAUGCCAUGGAACGCAGUCUGCAGAGCUCUCUGAAACACACACAGCAUCAGUACUCGCUGCAGCUGCGGGACCUGUCACGCUCGGUGUGUGAGCUGGAGGCGGAGCUGGACGGCGUGCGUGAAGGUCUCGCUGCUCAGAAACAACACCACAACCAGCUGCUCAACACCAAGAUGAGGCUGGAGAGAGAGAUCGCCACCUACAGGAGAAUGCUGGAGCAUGAGGAGGGCAGGUUUUUGAGUGCAGACGGUCAGCCACGGAAACUGAAGCCCUGGAAGCCCUCAGGUCAGCAGAACGGAGUCUGUAAUGGUUUCGAGAAUGAAAGCGAAAUCACAGAGAAGCCGAUCAAUCAGGGCCCAGCUUUCCACCGGCAGGGCAGCCUUGUCAUCUUCACAGAGCCCAUAGGGAGCAGAGACGGGGAAAUUAACACAGUGAAGACUCAGGAGAUUGUGGAGGGGAAUGUAGUGAGAGAGAGCGCAGAGGGACACGGAAGAGUCGAAACCGAGAAGAUCGACAAGGUGAUUAAACAGUGGGAGGGAUCGUUUUUCCAAGGAAAUCCGAAGCUGAGGAAAAAAUCUGUGUCGCUGCGCUUUGACCUGCACAUGGCCAUGGCGGAUGAAGGCUGCGCCCAGAGCAAAAAGGACAGUUUACCGGACGUGGAGGUUCGGCUGGUGAUGAAACGAUCCCGCAGCAUCCCCACCAUAACGCAGUGACCUGGUUUGGAAAGUCAGCAAAACGUGCAGCAUGGCGCCAGCACGUGAAUCUUUUCUCUUUUUUUCUUGUAGAACAUGCUACAUUUGUCUUAAAUGUAAUAAUUUAAUGCGUGGGGUUUUUUCUGGGGGCAAGCGAGGGUUAGGGGGGCAAAUCUUUUAGUACUGCUGCUUGUAGACAAGUCAUCAUAAAGCAUUUCCUGAAUCUGGACAUUGCUGUGUUUACAUCAGAGACUUGGGCAAAUUAGCAUUCUCUGUUAGCAAGAAGUUCUACUGGAAGUUUCUAUAAAUAGAAUUUAUUCGCAAUCUUUACCUUAAACUUUGACACUCCAGACGCUUGACUGAAAGACAACAGUCGACUAGCUGAGAAUUCGUUUGCAUUUGAGCUUGGCCAAUAUUUUAAAAUCUUUAAAAAAAGAACCCAACCUUUCAUGUGGUGUGUUGUCAUGGAGCUAAGACCAAGUCGUUAAUACAUCAGGGUUAAUUUGCUCAGCAUCAACACCAUGAGCUACCAAAGCAUUAGCAAGGAUGUUAGGGGUUUUGAGGUAAAAAAAAGAAAAGAAAAUGAUUCCUUUCUUCUCUCUAGCAAAAGAAAUUGGAUUUUACACUCCAGUGAGCUCAGUGAGAGAAUGAUGGGAUUUCAUUUGAUGUGAGGAACAAAAAAAAAAGUUUCAUUGUUUUUAAAAUGCUAGCGAAGUAAAAUUGCAUUAGACGCUAGAAGAUUUAGCAACACAGUUGGAGUCUGUCAGCUCCAAACGCACCCUCAAUUCCUUUUUACUAUUUUCUCUUCAUUGAGAUCCCUCCUGCUAUCAGAACUAAGAUCACUGAUGUUUACUGGUGUAAAGAGUAAGAUGGCAUAUUUAAUAUUUAAAAAAUGAAAAUGUGUGGUAAUGUACAUCCGUUUCUGAAAACUGAGGGAACUAGUUAGCAAAGUAGCUUGUUAGCAAGCUAGCGAAGAACUUUUCACCUCAUAGCUAAAUAGCUAAGAAGCAAAUGACUAACUUGGAAUUAUGUAAAUUUUCGUGGCACAUUUGAGCUACAGUAUAAGAAUAAGAUAAAAAAACAUAGACACCUCCGGAAAAUCUCCUGAAACCUUCUCGAAACCUUCUAGAAUGUUUUAUAGUUACAAUCCACAAACGUGUCUGAAUCAAAUAUGAUUAUAAUCUUAUUUAAAAGUUGAUAAAAUAGAAUUUUAUUCGUUCUGGACAGUCUGAGGAGCCAUUUUGUUACAUGAUGCUAAGCUUCAGGAGAUUUUUGAAUCUCUGUGGCGAACACUGCAUCAGUCUGAGGAAAAAGCUUGAAAAUUGCUAGCACUAAGCUUGCUAACGUAGCUAGCGUAACAGCCAGCAUUAUUCCCUUUCCCUCUCUCUCUCUCUCUCUCUCUCUCUCUUUAAAAAAGUAUACAAACUUUGCACUACAGAUAAAUGAUAUUAUUAUGAUAUUUUGUUUGCUGUGGAAAAAAAUCUAAAUGUUUUUAAAAGACUCUGAAGACUCUCAGACUUUAGUUUCAAAAGAUCAGCUGUAUUCCAACAAAUCUCGUUUACUUCCCUUUAGCAUUAGCCAUAAAAUAGUUUAACUUAUUUGAAGUAACUUCUAUGGUAAUUAUUAUUAUCUGUAACACCUACAUAUUAACUCCACAAUCGACGGAAACUUGUUACUACUAUAUAAUGCUAGCUACUUAGCAUCAUACUAGCUAUUGACCUAAUUAGCCAGGUGGCUCAUUAGCAAGUUAUCAAGGCUACAUUUGACUAGUCAUGACUGAAUUUCUGUCCUACGAUUACUUUACGGUGCUGUGCUAACAAUUAGCAGGCUAGAUAGAUUGAAAUCCAGCUAAUCCAUCUAUUCGGAGAAUAUUUUUCGCUAGCAAACACUUGUGUGAUGUAGCAGAUUAGCAUUAGCAUUUCCAAGUUGUGAGAGAAAAGUUAGGGAGUGUUUAAAGCAGUGCUGGUCAUACAAAAUGGAAUCUGUGACCUCUUGCCCUUCUAUUUUAAUUUAAAUUGAUGUUUGUUUGUUUUUUUUUGCAAAAAAGCACAUUUCAACAAUUUACAACAAUUUUUGUGUUUAUCUGUCUAACCAAAAGUCUGUGAUUUAUGCAACAUGCCAACGUGCUUUAUGCAGUAUCACUGUGCUACAUCACACUUCAUUCGUCAUUUACAAAAAAAUGCUAUUGUUUCAACAAAAGAAAUUUCAGUCACAUGAAUCUCGACAUAAGCUAUCCUGAUAAUCACCAGAUUUAGACAUCUGCUCACCACACUCUAAUCAUAAGCACUUUCAAACACUUUGUACAUUUUAUUUACUCUAUUUAUUUCAUUUUUUUGUAACAUUUUUGUUCUGAAUUGAAUGUAUUUCAUUCUAUCGAUAUAUUCUUCAUCUUAAUCCUUUGCUGUAUGAGAGGUGUUGAAAUGGAAUAAAGCUAGCAUUAAUAAAGCUCUGAUGCUAAAACACUAA